UUGACCUCCGUCUCUUGAUCCUCCAAAUCCGAAAUGGAGCCCAGCGGACCCGGGUUCGGAUCCAAAUCCGGAUCCACUAACAAGGAAGACAAGUGGUCGCUCCCAUUCUGCACCAUCGUGGCCGUGGACACGAGCGAAAGCAUCAGCUACAGAGCCUGCUCCAUCUGCGAGAGGACCCUCCCUGAAGACCCUUCCUCUUUCUGCUCCUUCUGCUCCAACAACUCCUCGGCAAAUCCCGGGUGCAAACGCGUCUAUCGGAUCCUUGUAAAUCCAAUACACGAUCGCGUCACCCGUGUCCUCUUCGGCUGCUCAGCCGACGAAUUCUUCCACUUCUGCAGGCUCCAUCCAUUCGCGGCCGAAAAGGCAGCAGAGGUAUUAGAAGGGGAAAUGUGCAGGCUUACACUGUCGAAGCCAAAGAGCACUAAUGCUCAGCAUCUCCGUGCUGCUUCCGUUGUUCCCUUGCACACUGGAUUUCGCCCUGUGAUCGCUACUUUGAAGCAAAUGUAUGGGAUCGAGACUUGUUCCAGCGGCAUGAAAAAAGAAAAAUAAUAUGUGAUUGUUGUGUGCAAUCUGAUGUUUGACAAACUUCUGCCUUACUUGAUCGAUCGUUUUGUUUAGA